AUGUUUCAAAUCCGCGUCGAAGCCGCCGAUAUAGUUGAGGAAGAGGAAGUCAAAGCCGAAGAACCAUUACAUGAGAAUGCCAAUGAUUUUCAAAGUGCUUCUUUCUUAGCCGGUAAUCCUCAAGUGCGCGUCAUUACUGUCCCAUCCAACAACUACCGAGCGAGCGUAGUACAUUGCUUUCGAGAUGAUAUAGCCCUUUUACGCGUUCUAAAAGACCCAGAGCGCAGCAACUGCAUGGCACUCAUGCAGUUUAAUUCUCAAGAGAGAGCAGACCAAUUUUUUGCGGACCAUAACGGCAAGUACUUUAACUCGAUUGAGCAGGAGCGAUGCAAAAUCGUCUUUGUAAGAAGUAUCGAGUUUGAUCCAGUGGCCAGCAAAGACGAGUCAGAGUGCGACGCAUUGGAGACAAAAUUUCAGGAAAAAGAAGAUGUGACUACAUUGCAAUUGAGUCCACGGUCAGAGAGACGAGCAAGCAGUGCUCAGAUGAGGAAAUUAUUCCCGCCUCCACCUAAUGGUAUGACGGAAAUUCCAACGUGUGCAGUGUGUCUCGAUAGAUUGGAUGCGUCAGCGUCAGGCAUUUUAACAACUUUGUGCAAUCAUUCUUUUCAUUGUGAUUGUCUCUUUCGGUGGGAAGGAUCAAGCUGUCCCGUGUGUCGGUACAGCCAUGGAGACAUUGGUUCUUCGUGUGAAGUGUGUAGCACAGUUGAACAUCUCUGGAUCUGUCUCAUUUGCGGCCAUGUGGGGUGUGGUCGCUACUCGGGUGAGCACGCGAAACAGCAUUAUCAAGAGACUUUGCACACAUAUUCACUUGAACUAGAGACGCAACGUGUGUGGGACUACGCUGGUGAUGGUUACGUACAUCGACUAAUUCUGAAUAAACAAGACGGAAAGUUUGUGGAGUUUCCAAGUCCAUACAAUCUUAGUGGCGAGCGCUCGCAACGCCCGCCUACCACUUCUGCUGAGGAUGAAGAAGAUGAGCAUCGAAAGCUGGAAAAACUAGCUGUCGAGUAUAACUUUCUUUUAAAAAGUCAAUUGGAGGAACAACGCCUUUAUUACGAACGGCUGCUUGCGCGUGUAGAAGAAGGCAAAAGUCGACAGCUGCUGAAUGCACACGAGCACGAGCGAAAGCAGCUAAAGAAGACAAAUUUAGUUUUAGAGGAAAAGACCAAGAAGCUUGAGGAAGAGUUGACCUUUGUCAGAGAGCUUAACAAGUCGCUGAUUGAGAAUCAAAAGCAGUGGAAGGAACGAGUGCGAGCACUAGAAGAUGCAAAUGCCCGAAUUGAACGGGAUACCGCAUUGCGCGUCGGUGAUUUAGAAAGCCAGGUCCGUGAUUUAAUGUUUUAUCUUGAUACACAGAACAAGGUCGAGCAAAGUGUACAUUGCGAGGACAUCAAGGGUGGCACGAUCGAGAUCGAAUCUGAGGCGACAAUAAAGGACAGAGCAUCAGAAGCACCUAUUAGAAGAAAGGGAAAGAAGAGGAGAUAUAAGCAGCACUGGCGGGAUAUCUUGGAACCAGAGUGCACUUACAUCACUUGUGCCUCGAAGCUACAGUAUCUGAAUGCAUGGGAGCAGCUGUCACUAUAUAUAAUGGUUUGGCAUUUUCAAUACUCGCUGGAUCUAGUGAAUUGGCAAGACAACAUGCAAGUCGAAAAAUUGCUAGUUUUGUAA